AUUUUAGGAGUACUGCAUGUCGUCUGUGGUUCUAUUUGUGCAUGGAAUUAUUAAGAACUGUUUACAUUUUUGAAUAGGGUAGGCUAUAUUAUUUGGGAAAAUUCAGGCUCAUGUAAUGCUGUAUUAGAAUCAAUAGGCCUAUCGGUGGAGUGAAAAAGUAGGCUUACAUGUUCAAGUCCGCGCGCCGUCAAGAGUUUGGCAAUGCAGUCAGAGCCAAAUGAGAGAUUCGUGAUCUAUUUUCAUUAGCUCAAACAGGUAAGUAAAAUCGUAAAAUGCUUUAUAUAAUUUGAGAUGAGUUUCCUCGUUCUCCCUCCUCACCCAGCUAUACUGUGAUUUAGACAUCGAAUGUAUUCAAUUUGGAUUCAGAAGAAGAUUAUAUUCACACUGAUAUGAUUUAAUAAUCUGAAAUAUAAUCUACGAUUUUCUAUGAUAGAUUCCCAGUAACUGGUCUACGUUGGGUGUUGCAAACCUCCCACUGGGCACAGACGUCAAUUCAACUUCUAUUCCGCGUUGGUUCAAUUUAAUGUAAUUGAAAUUACGCUGAUUCAACCAGUGAGUGUGUGUCAAGUGUGUUGUUUCUACUCGACUUGAAGGACAUUCUUUCUGUUUAUAUUGUUUUUGUCAGUUUUAGAACUAGGUUGAGAUAUGCUGAAAAAUAAUAAUAUAUAUAAUAUUGUAUUGACAACCACUGUAUGUAUUUACCUGGUUUUAUGGAGGAAUUGUGUACCUUAUUAAUUGUUCUACGAUGAUAUACACAUGGCAUUUCCUGCAAGUCAGAUAAACUUGUAUUGCCUUAUUGCAUGUUUAACAGGGCAGCUGUGAGAAUUAUAAACCUAUCAAUCACAUCUCAGUUUAGUUGGAUAGCUAAUACAUUAGUGCUAUUGGAGAUGUUCCCAGGCGGACUCAUGGCUCAGACAGUUGACCAAGCUGCAUAGACAAAGUACUGUACUCCACUGUAUUCAUUGAUACUUAGCCUAUUGUAAUGCUCUACUCUCCUAAUGACAUUUGCAGAAAGAACCUGAAAAGGCUAAGGUAAUGCUUUUGUGACUUUUCAAUGACCAAAACCAGAUUACAAUGCAUCACAUGCCUACCUAAAAAUGGCAAUGAAUGGAAACUCAAUUUCAAACCUUUGGUUUAUUAACCAUGAGCAUGCAGAAAGUCAAUCAGUCCUAUUAAUAUGUAUACCCAUGUCCCUUCUAGUUUUAAACACUAAACCUCAGUUGGUUUGACAUGAAGUUGCAGGUGUUAUAAUGUAACAUGUACACCAGUGCAAUUCAAUUAAUUAUUGAUGUUGUAUAUUAUUGAUGUUGUAUAUUUCCAAUUUUCAAUCAAGUCUAAAGGCAAAUUAUUAUAGGUAUUUUUACUGUAUCAUGAAGAUUAUUAUAUACCGGUAGUUAACCUCAUUAUAAUUAUUCUGUUGUUGAAAUUGCACAACACGUUUUUGAGAAGCUCCCAUGUUCAUGUGGGACUUAGAAGGCACGUAUUGUAUGACCAUCAGUCCGUGUGCAUCUUUCUCCCAGAAAGGCACGUAGUGGUUGUGACAGGAAUGUAAAGUAGAGAGGCCCAGGUCCCUGAGUGCCACAUUUCUAUGAUGCGUCCAGUUAAACAUCAACCCAGGGGAUCAGGCUCAAUUAAAAUGCAGAAUGUCUAGGGGACAUGGAGUGCUUUGGUCAACUUCAGUACUAGCUGUAAUUACAUUGUUCAGUAUUGAUUAGCAAUUAUGUAUUUCAACCCAUUCAUCAUUUGAAUCUAAAGAUCUCUAGGGAAAUUAAAACCUCCAGGGAGAUUACUAUUCUCUUGAAUUAGAAGAUGUCUGGAUUAUUGAUCUGUAUUGAGCUAGAAAGAUAGAGUGUUUGAAUUACUAUAACCUUCGUAUGAGAACAUGGAACAAAUUGGGAUAGAUGCUUUUUGACACUACUAGGGCUUUUACAUUAUUAGGUUGUGAGGACAGUGGACAGAGCACAAUUUUUAGGCACUUUAUGAAAUAAUUCAGAUUGUUAAUUAAGAAAAGGUUUCACAGACACAUACUGUGUAAUACCAACACAGCUCUCUUUGGCUACCGGUAUCUAAACAUUCCCUAUUAGGCUGUUAUUUACUAUGAUUCAGCAGAAGCUUUUAACAUUGGCUCUUUAUCACCACACGUCUCUUCAUCACUGUCUCUCUCAUAUUUGGCUUGACCAGAAAGUACUCAGCUCUUUGUUUUUUAGAUAAAAUCCCAUUAUGUUUACAGUUUAGGAGUCAUAUUGACUGCAAUCUUGUGGACUGUCUGGGCGUCCUACUUUAAUAAUUCAUAAUUUUUAGUGUCCUCAGAGAUCUGCAGCUGGUCUCAAUAAGGAUGACAUUGUCCAACCAUCAGACCUGGAGGUAACCCAAAGACGUCAGUGCUCCCUUCUCUCUGUGUCCCAGAUUGGAGAUGGUCCACUGGGCCACCCAGUGGUUGACAUGUGUCUGGCUCCAGACUGUCCUGGCCUCCGCGUUGGACACCUGUCCCUCCACAGCCCCUAGCCCUGUCAACUUCUCUGUUGCCUACACCAUGCCCUUCUUCCAAACAAAAAGCCCCAUCCAAAACAUAGUGACCAACUCAAUGUAUCAGGAAGUGUAUGUUGCGUCUCAGAAUGUGGUCGAAGCUGUGAACAUGAGUUUGGAGAAGGUGUGGGAGCUUCCUACAGGCCCUGUGGGCAGCCCUGAGUGUAAGAUUUGCAAUUUGUGUGAUGUUGACAAGGAUCCCAACUUCCUAGAGAACACUGACAAUGAGGUAUUGUUGUUGGAUACGUUCUUUAUGUAUUUAUAUUCUUGUGGGAGUUCUCAAUAUGGUGUGUGCCAUUUUCACCAACUUAAGACAGAUGGACAAGCACCCAAUAAGAAUUCUUCAAAAUGUUUAUUCAGAAAAGAAUCUAACUCUGCUGCCUAUUGCCCUGACUGCCUUGCCAGCCCGCUGGGCACCAAAGUCACCAUGGUGGAGGAGGGGCAGACUGUAUACUUUUUUGUGGCUGCCACUGUCAACGACAGUGUUACACAGAGAUAUGGCAGGAAGUCCAUCUCAGUGCGCCGACCAUUGGCAACAGAAGAUGGGUUCUACAGCGAUGUGCGGGGACUGACCGUUCUGCCUAACCUGCGCAGGACCUACAACAUUGAGUAUGUCUACAGCUUCUUCACCCAGGAGUUUGUCUACUUCCUGUCCGUCCAGAGAGAGAGCCCUGACCAGGAGUUCUCCCCGUUUCAGACUCGGCUGGGCCGCCUGCCGAGGAGCGAGUGGGAGAUGAGAAGGUACCGGGAGGUGGUUCUGGAGUGCCGUUUCGAACCCAAGCGGAGGAGGAGGAGGAACACGGUGAGCGGGAGUGAGGCCUUUAAGGAUGUGGUUUACAAUGUGGUGCAGGCAGCCCACUUUGGGAAGGCAGGCAGGGAGCUGGCAGAUGAACUAGGGGCAGAGGAAGAGGAUGACAUCCUGUAUGGAGUGUUCGCUGUCACAGAUGACAACGGGGUCACAGAGCACGACUCAGCCCUCUGUGCCUUUCCCAUGGACAACGUGAACAAGGCUAUCGAUGACGGGGUGGAUGACUGCUGUAAGUCCGGCCCAGAGCAGCUGUCCCGGGGACUGUGCCACUUCCAGGCCUGCGAGAGCUGUCCUCAUGAGAGCAUGGAGAACAACGCCACCUGCAGGGACCACCCCAGCAUGGUGUCUAAGCCUUAUUACAGAGUGGACCUCUUCAACAAGCAGAUGAAUGAUGUCCUGCUCACCUCACUGCUGGUCACCACCAUUGAGAACAAGACCGUGGCACACAUUGGCACCUCCACUGGACGGCUCCUGCAGCUUGUUUUGAGAAGAUCAAGCCCUACUAUCUUUGCUAAUUACACCUUGGUAGAGAACCAGAGGGUCUCCUCCAUUGCUGCUGUGUACUCGUCAGAAUCUCUACUGUUUGUGGUUGGAGACAAGGUGAUCCAGGUGCCUCAGAGGGGGCCAGGCUGCCAGCACUUCAUGACCUGUGCAAUGUGCCUGAUGGCCCCUGAGUUCAUGGGCUGUGGCUGGUGCUCUGGAGUGUGCUCUUGGAAGGAGGAGUGCAGUGGCCGCUGGAGGAAUGAGUCUUGCCCCCCUGGUAUCACCGGGUUCUUCCCCAAGAUGGCUCCCCCUGAUGGUCAGUCAGAGCUGACUCUGUGUGGCUGGGAGUUCCAGUCUCCCCUGAGGCCUGCCAUCAGCUCCAGAACCCACCUGGUCAGACUGGGACAGACAGCCUGUGCUGUGCUGCCACUGAAGAGCAACAACACACACCUGGUGUGUAAGAUUCUCUCUGGGGCCAUUGAGCUGUCCAAACCAGUUAACAUCACUGUAGAGGUGCAAGAGGGGAAAGUGGAGGGCCGCUACUCCAUCGACGGGAACGCAGAGAUGCCAGGAUUUACCUUUGUGAUUCCCAACAUCACAGAGAUCCAGCCCAACUACGGGCCUCGUGUUGGGGGAACUCUGAUCACUGUGACUGGGCCUCACCUGGACGCUGGGAAGACCAGAAGGGUCACUCUGAAUGGAGAGCCCUGCCCAAUCACCAGUGUCACAGCACCCAGAGGGAACAUGUCCUCCAUCAUCUGUCUGUCUCAGCCCAUCUCGGAGGUGAGGGACGUCCCCCUCAGUGUGUUCAUAGACAAGUCCCCCGUCCUCACCACCAAGGUCUUCUACUACAAAGAGAACCCCGAGGUCACAGCCGUCCUCCCAGACUGUAGUUUUGACAGGGGGUCAAAGAUAAUCAUUGAGGGGAAGAACUUGGACUCUGUAUACAGGACCAUCAUUCGCUUUAGGCCCAAUGAGAGCCACCUGAAGCCUGUCACCAGAGAGUGCAAAGGCAAGUCGUUGCCCACACGGAUGGAGUGCAUAACCCCUGCUUUCCCCCGGGAAGAGACAGAGGAAGGGGAGCUCUCCUUUGAUAUGGAUGGAGCUGUUGGACUGUGGAAUGGAGAGUUCUCCUACCACCCCUAUGGCGAGCCAAUACCCUUUGAAACUGACGGCCAUGUACUUAGGCUGUAUGCUGGACAAGAUGAAGUGUCACUACAUCACCAGAAACUGAAUCUUGUGAGUUCCUGCAUGACAAUCACUAUGACAGUGGGAGGAGUGGAUUGUGACGCGAAAGUUCUGGACAAUGAAAUCACCUGCAGGAUCCCUAGAAACGUAACCAUCAGUGGACUGCCUGUGAAGAUUUCCAUCAAUGGGCAGGUUCACAAUGUUGGGACAGUGGUCCUGGUCAGUAACCACUACAUGGUGGGCAUCGUACUGGGGAUACUGGGGGCCCUGGUGGCGGGGGCCGUGCUGGCCUUCGUAGUCAUGAAGCACCUGAGGAAGCAGAAGAAAGCCUCUCAGGUGGAGACCCGUUUGGCUCAUAACCACAACCACCCCGGCAGCAGUAGUGUGGAACUGUCACCUGUAGGGGACUACAGAAGAGGAACUCUGACCUUCCCCCUCACCACUCUAUUAGUCCUGCCUCAGAGGCCAAGUUUGGCUCUGGGAAGCACAGUGGUGUUCCCCAGCCCGGCCUAUGCUGCAGGCAGCAUGGACCCCACCCUCACCCCCCUCAUGCCCCCUGAGAAGAUCUCCAUCUCCAGCUUUAGACCAGAGCUCCUGGAGGAGGUGAAGGACGUACUGAUCCCAGCAGACAUGCUCAUCGUCCAGCACCACCAGAUCAUCGGCAAGGGUCAUUUUGGCACAGUUUACCAUGGCUACUUCACAGACCAUAACAACAGAGAAAUCCACUGUGCAGUCAAGUCAUUGAACAGGAUAACAGAUGUAGAAGAGGUAGAGCAGUUUCUAAAGGAGGGCAUCUUGAUGAAGGGGUUCCAUCACACCAAUGUUCUCUCUCUGCUGGGCAUCCUGUUGCCUCAGGAGGGGCUCCCCCUGGUGGUACUACCUUAUAUGAAGCACGGGGACCUCCGCCACUUUAUACGCUGUGAGAAAAGGAACCCCACGGUGAAAGACCUGAUUGGCUUUGGGCUUCAGGUUGCCAAGGGGAUGGAGUACUUAGCACAUAUGAAGUUUGUGCACAGAGACCUCGCAGCACGCAACUGCAUGCUGGAUGAGUCGUACACAGUGAAGGUGGCAGACUUCGGCAUGGCCAGGGAUGUGUUCGAUAAGGAGUACUACAGUGUCCAGGACCACAGGAAGGCCAAGCUACCAGUCAAGUGGAUGGCCAUUGAGAGCCUACAGACACAGAAAUUCACUGCCAAGUCAGAUGUAUGGUCCUUUGGGGUGUUGAUAUGGGAGAUGUUAACCAGAGGAGCAAGCCCCUACCCAGAGGUGGACCCCUAUGACAUCACACAUUACCUGCUGAAGGGCAGGAGACUCCCCCAACCACAGUUCUGUCCUGACCCUUUGUAUGCCAUCAUGCUGCAGUGCUGGGACCCAGACCCAGAGAUGAGACCCAGCUUCGCAACGCUGGUAUCUGCUGUCCUGACCAUCCUGUCUGACCUUGAGGGGGAGCACUACAUCAGCCUGAAGGUCACCUACGUCAAUCUGGACCAGCCACGCCCCUACCCUGCCCUCACAGAGUCCGCAGAUGAGUGUGAUUCCUCAGACACUGAAGACACACGCUCAAUGUCCUCCUGAUGUCACAUCAGGACAGGUACAUGUAAUACAGUAUGGCUUGGUGCUAUGAGCACAAGGGGCUCAGUUAGAAAGUCAAACUAAAGGUCGUCGGUUAUCCUGGAGAAAAUGACUUGUCUUUUACUACCUAGUGUUGAAAGUGUAGGGACUUGAAUGGUCCUCCCCCAUUCACAUUAUAGUAUAUUACCUGGGAAAGCUUUUGGUAAAUAAUAACGGAUGUAAUGUCUAUAUGUUUUCUCUUAAUUUUUUUGAGAUGUAGUAAUUAUACUGUAUAUUUUGGAUCAUAAUUUUACCAAACAAAAUGUACCCUAAUGUUUUAACAGUGAUCUGUUAUUAUUCUGUUACUUUUAUUUCAUGCACAAUGUGUUUUAGAUAGUGUAAUAAAUUAACAUAUUUAUUUGUUUAUAUACUCUUGUUCCUGUGAGAUUUGAGUAAAAUGGCUCAUUUAUGUAAAAUUCCAAUAUGAUAAGAUAUUAAUUUAUGUAAUUUAAGUUUUUACAUUUUCUACAUUAGCUUCUUCCCAUGUGGUGGUUUCAUCCAUUGUCACUCUACACUUACAGUAGAUCAGAGACAACUGACACUUGUGUAAACUGUCACUGGUAAAUAUGCAGCUGGGAUAUGCAAAAAACACAUUUCCAAUUCACACGUGUAUAAAUAAACGUGUACAUGUGUGAAAUAGGACAAAUAUAAGCACCCACCAAAUUAUAUAUAUUUUUUAACGUGUCCAUCAGGAUAUUAUUACUGUCAUUGAGAAAGGCUUCCACUAGAGGCCAGUGUUCUACUAUAUUUAUGGAACGCUGGGGAAAUAUGGAGAAAAUUCAGCACUUCUUUAAUAUGUGAAUCACGUUAUAUGAACACCAUAAAGUAAAAUAGAAAUAACUCACUGAAUAACAUGUAGUAAUGGUGUACAUACCAUAUGGAUAAUAUCCUUUCCAUACUUUCAAAUUGCAUAUCUAUCUGUCUUUGUGAGUGCACACAGUGGUCAUUAGCCAAUUAGAUUUGGUUGUUGUAAUGAAUUAAUAGGAAGAACAACCAUAAAACACCCAUCCAAAGAUGAGCUGGAUUUCUGUGGAAAGUAGCAACAAAAGUCACACAACAGUCCUGCUUCUUGCACACGAAAGGAAUCCAAGACAAAUAAAGAGGGAAAUUAACAUGAAGUCUAUGUUUUUCCCAAGCUACAUAAGAACAAAAGUGAAUUCCCAGAUGGUGGGACAUUUGAAUAUUUCUAAGAAAAGGGCACAUUGUAAAAAAUGUGCCUGGGUGCCAGGGAGGGUAACACCCAGUAGGGCAGAACCAUGGGUUUUACAGGAGAAGGAGGGGUAAAGAAACUCUGUCUCUCUCCACCACACUGCCUGCCUGUCUGUGUGCUAAUGCUGCAGCCACUGUGAAACCUGGCUUCAUCACCCCCAACUUAACCUGCAUGCCUCUCCUUUUGAUCAUUAUCUGACUGAGAACCUCUGUAGGUUCAAUGCUGGGUCUCUUAUCAUACAGUGAUUCUUCUCUCCAUGUGCAGGCAAUACACAUCCAAUAAAUAUUUAUACAAGUG